GUUAGCUCAGAAAGCAUUGAAAACAGAGUGAAAUAUAACAAACUUAUUUGGAAAUGGCUUGGAAUCUUGUACCAGUAUGGUCUGGAGAUUUUGAUUUCUUUGGCCGUCAGAGGGAUUUAUUCUCUGACUGGCUAGAGCAUUUUGAUGAUGAUUGGCGCGCAGCAAGUUUCGAGGACUCACGGCGGAGGUUCGACCGGGAGUUGGACAGGGUCCGAAGGGAGCUGCACAGAAUGGAUGCCGAGCCGCAUACGCUUGAUGUUCAGCAACCCUUUAUCACAGAUCCGUCCGGUAACAGAAAGCUCUCACUCCGUUUUGAUUGCAGUGCAUUCAAACCAGAGGAGAUUACGGUGAAAACAUUGGACAACAAACUCAAUGUCCAUGCUAAACAUGUAGAGGAAGGGCCAGGACGCAAAAUUCACCAGGAAUUUACCAGGGAAUACACACUUCCAGAAAACGUCGAUCCGAAGAAGCUGAAGUCUCAUCUUUCUUCUGACGGUGUUUUAGAGAUUGAGGCCCCGGCACCAAAAGCCGUUGAGGCCCCAAAAGAAGUUUUGAUUCCUAUCGAACAUCUUCACAGCAAGGGGAGCUCAGAAAAGAAAGAAGAAAAGUAACGCAACAGUUGUCGUCCUUGUUAACUUUAGGAAGGAUUUGCGUUGGACAUUCAAACAGAAUGUUGAAUAGACAUUUAAUUUUUUAGUUUUGUGAUUUAUUACAACAGAUAGUUGUGAAUUACAAUAUGUAAUACUGUGACAUUUUAUAAUCUGCAGAUGUGAUUUGUAGACAGACUGAUUUCAUGCCAUAUCAUCUGUUGUAUUUUGCAUUCAUGUGCUCAUUUUGUCUUCUUAAUGAAGUGAUCAAUAAAAUUGAUGUUCAUCCAAA